AAAAAUUACGAGAAAUAGCAGAAAAAUUAAUAAUUUAAACUAAAUAUACUUUUAUUAAUUAUAAGUAAAAUAUUUUUAAUUAAUAAUUAACUCCAACUACAUAAAACACUAAAGCAUUCCUGUGUAAAUAUAAAAGUUAAAAUCCAAAACAUAACACAUAUCCAACACCAAAAGAGUUGUAUGAAAAACAACUUACAUCGUGGCGCAAUCAAAUAUGAGACGUAACAACAAUUAUCCCUAUCAGCCACUUAAUCAAAAUCCCGGACCCAGUAGUCGGAUAGCACACGACUCUCUCGAAGAAGAAAAUGAAAAGGCUGCCGAAGAACUUAAGCAAAAAAUUGGAGCCCUUAAAUCACUCACCAUUGAUAUAGGCAAUGAAGUGCGUUAUCAAGAUAAACUUUUACGCGGUAUGGAUGAUGAUAUGGAUCGUACACAUGGCUUUCUGGGCAAUACAAUGCAACGGGUUAUAAGACUGGGCAAAAAUGGUGGCAGUCGUCAUAUGUGUUAUAUGUUUCUGUUUGUAUUAUUUGUGUUUUUAAUAUUAUAUGUAGUACUGAAAAUAAAGUAAUUUAGUGGGAGUUUGUAAGAGUUUUAAGAGAAAAACUUUGAAUUUUUGUAAUUAGUUAACGUUUUUUUUAUAAAAUAUAUGCAAAAAAUAUAGUUAAAUGUAUUAAAAAUAAAAUAUUGCAUAUGCAAGUGUUAAUAUUGAUGUAAAA